AGAAAGGCAAAUCUAAAAAUAAUAAACAGUCUAAGGCAUUGAAAAGUAAGCAAGUCAGCACCAAAGUAGAGGAUGGAAUAACUAAAAAGAGCUUUGAAAAAGUUUGGGAUAAGGACUUAAUGCCUGAGAAAACAAUUCUUAAAACUGCAAAACAAGAAGAAAUUGACAAGCUAAAUGCUCGUCUUAUGCAAGCAGAAGAUUAUGAUUUGUUGACCUGCACCCAGGAAGCUGCUGACAGUAUUGCUAAUCAGAACUCUAUUCACAAAACUGCUGCUGAGGACAGGAAAAAUGUAAAUUCUGACACAAAUGGUCAAAAGAAAGUUCGGUUUACUGAACCAGUCAUCUCGGACUUUAUUCAGACUGGUAAAAUAAACAUAAUUGGUUAUCGUAAUGCUAAGAAAGAGUUGGAUGAAGUCAAAAACAAAAAGAAUAUUAAGAAAGAAGAAGUUGAAGCAGUAAAAGGUGUAAAAACAGAGCGGAAAAGAGAGAAGGAUAAAGAGUGCCCGAUAGGAUCGAGUAAAGAUGUUGAAGAUUGUGAAUCAGAUGACCUGUCGGAAGAUUAUCGUUUCCAGGACGACAGUAGUGGAACUGAUGAUUUAGAUAUUGAGCCAACACAAGAUCAGUAUGAGAAACCUAACAUUGAAAUCCAACCUGAAGAAAUUAAGGCAAAACUUUCUCAAGAAAUUGAUGUACUUCAAGAAAAAGUUCAAGAAAAAGUUGUGCCAGAAACUCCACUCAUUCCCAUGAAUCACAAUCCCCCAAACACAAACGUCAUAGAAGAGACUCCCGCAAUAUUCACUAUGCCGAAGUUCAACAAAAAUUUCUCCAGGCCUUUUGGAAAAACCAGAAAACAAAUGAAAGUCAAAACACCACCAUUACAUUUUAAAUCUGACGCUGUACCAGAAACACCAGAAAUUGUAAAUAUAGACAAACAUCCCGAAACUCAUGAAUCUGUUGGAAGGAAAAAAGAGGAAUUUGAGUCUGAAGAUGUGCUUGAAGAAGAAAUAUCACAAGGAAAUAAAAUACCGGUAGACGCAAAAGAUGUGGAGCAGAUAUCGAAAACAAAUUCUGAGGUUAAAAGCAAAAUUUUAGGUGAAUCAGAUGAGACCGUAUCACCUGAUACAGAUUUUACUGAGGUCCAAGUCGCCAACACUGAUAAAUAUGAAAAAGUUGAGCAUAUGCAGGUAGACAAUGACGUGGAAGAUCUUGCUGAUAAACCACAGGGGCUUGUAGAUAGUGAAUCUUCUUUGACACAAAACAGUGAAUCUAUUUUGCAGACAAAGACAGUUCCAAAUAAGAUAGGUUCCAGAAUUGAUGACAAAAAUGAUGAAGCUAAAGAAGCAGUCGGCAGAAGAACAAAUUUUGAAGGACAUAACAAAAUGAAUAUGGACAUCGAAGGUGAUUGUGAUUGUCCUGUUGCAAGCAUUGAAUCAAUGACAAACACCAAAACAAAAAAGAAAAGAAAAAGUUUUAUGUUAGAUGAAGCUGAGGAAUCUUUAGAUUUCGGCUCCUUGAGUGCAUGUGAACCUACAAGUGUAAGUGAGUACUCUGAAAGUGUAAGUAAAGCUAAGAGGCAAAGAGUGAAUAGAUUGAAAAGAAGUCCCAAGACAAAAGGAAAUAUACAAGAUGUUCAGAAAUGCCAAAGUCAAGAGAAAAAUUCUGGGAUAUCAAGUAGUGUGGAAAUAAUUCCAGAUACCAUGACAUUACAAAGUGGAAAUAAAAGUUUAACUCCAAUUAAAAGUUCAAAUGCUGAUAGAAUACAAGAGAAAAAGGAUUCUGAAAAUAUUGAUGAAGAUACCUGCCAAGUGAUUACCUUAAGUUCCGAAUCAGGGUCUGUUGCAAGUGUAGAGGAAGGCCUUAAAGUUGAAGGAAAGGAGAGCAAUUUGGAGAAAAUUGGUACUGAAAUAGAACCAGAACCAAGAAAUUUGGGUGUUACAGAAACGUCAGAUGUUAUUGCCGAGACUGAAAUAGGUGAGAUAGAAAAUACAGCAGAACUUGAAAUAAAAGAGAAUGUUAAUUAUUCUAUUAAAUGUACAAAAAAUAUGAUUUCUGAAAAAGUGAAAGUAUCCGACUAUUCAAAAAGUCCUAAAACAAGGAAGAAGAGAAAAUCUGGACAACUUGGUCUUAGUGGACAGGAUUCUCAAAGCAGCAUUGAUAAAGUUAGGCAUUUAAGUGGUUUACUAGCUUCACCGCAAGAUUCAUUGAUACUGUCUGGUGUAAAAGGGUCACCGGAAGAUAUUUUUAAGAUGGAUUCUGAAAUGCCAUCUGUUGAUUUAAGUCCAAAUGGAGAUAUUGUCGGAGAAGAUCAGAAUAGUCAAAGCUUAGAUUUAGGAACAUUAAUAAUGGAAGAACCACAUUCAGAUUAUGUUAAUUCAGUGAAAAGAAAAAGCAUAGAUGAGUUGGACCUAAAUGAUAAAACAGACAAUGAUUUGAUUAAUAAUGAUAAUGAUCAAAUAGAUAGGGAAAAGUCUGACUCUCAAGGGCACAGUUCUGAAAAAUUAGUAAAUCCAUGUAGUAAAAACAAGGAAACUGAAUUGAACAUUAAUUCUCCCUCAGAUAAUUUUGAAAGGGGUGGAAAAGUUAGUGGUGUAAGGGGUUUUGCGAAAAGGAAAAGAAAGUCUGCUAUAGGACAGAGCCCAUUGUCUCCCUCAAGAUCUGAGAAUUCAGCCAUAGAUGAAACACCUCUGUCUUAUAUAAACUCUGUGAAAUAUAAGUCACCUGUUGUAAAGUUUUCGUCACCUAAAUUGGCAAAAGCAAGACAAAGUGAGAUAAUUGACACAGAUAUUCUUAAUAAAGUUGGUGAUGAUACAAAAGUAAUUCACAAUAGUCCAAGUGACACAUCAAAGUCAAAGGGAAUUAAGGAUUCUAUGGUAGAAGUAAAAGAAAUAAACACACCUGUGAAGACAUUUGAUAAUAUAAAUUCAUCAAAAUACAGUCCAAAAUUAUUGAAAAAUAAGAAAGAGAAAGGAGAAACAAAUGAAAGCAAAUUUGGAGUUGAGGUAGUUGAGUUAAGGAAUGAUGAUGAUGAUAAUGAUGAAUGUAUACUUUCGCCGGGUGAUCUUCCUGAUAUUGAUAAUGAUCAUGUUAAAGUGAACAAAGAUGAAAAUGUUGAUCAUAUAAUGGGUCACCAAGAACAUGUGAAAAUAACUAAAAAGUCAAAAGUUUCUCCUAAACUUAUACUGAGUUCUCCUGACAAAGAAAAUAAUGUUGUAAUAAGAGGAAAGAAGAAUCAAGACACACCGAAGAGAAUUGAAGAUGAAGAGGAGUAUAAUACAGUCAUUCCAGAGACCAUGUCGGUUGACAAUGAUGAUAUUACUGCUGCAGCUUUAGAUGUUAAUAGUCCUACUGAAGGGCAGGAUAAAUUGACAGGAAAAGCAUUAGACAUAGAUGAAGAGGACUGUGAUUAUAACAGUAGAACUGAAAAAGAGACAUAUGCAAAAAAUGAUUUUGGUGAUGUUGUUGAAAACAGUAUUAGUUCUUCAUCAAGUUCAGAGUUCAGGAUUGACUCAUCAGAUGAAAAAAGCAUUGAGAAUGAGGCUUUAAAUGAAAUCUCCAAGUUUAAUGAAAUAGUUCAGAAUAGCCUGGACAUCAAUACAGCGACUGAUUCUAAAGUUAUGAAAAACAGCAUGAUAACACAAAAUAAGGGUAGCAAUUGUAAAGACUUUAGGAAGAAAAACAGUAUUAAAAUUGAUGAAAAUGAAUCAUUUGAAAGAAGUAGAACUUUGAAAGAAGGAAAACUAAAAAAAGCUCAAGAUAGUUUAAAAGAUAUUUCAGAUAAAAAUGUUGUUGAUAUUGAAAACAUGUAUUCAACAAGACUGGACAGCAGUCCAGAGUCUUGUAUUGAACUGGACAUGAAUGAGGAAUCAGUGCCUGUGAUACUUGAAUCUGAUAUUGAUGAUGAGGUUGAUGAAAGUGUAAAAGAUGAUGUUGAAUGUAUAGAUGAUAAACAAGAUUUAGAUGUGGACCGAGAAGGUGAGACAGAAAAGGAGAUGGUAGAUGAAGAUUCUGAUGAUGACUCGGACGAUGAUAUUAGAAUUAAAUCUGGCAGGAAGAGAGCCAUACUGAGUGACAGUAGCAGUGAGGAAGAAGAAGAAGGAAGUCGCCAUAUGAAUUACACAUCUUCGUCUGCAUUCUCCAGCCAAAGUGAAAAUCUUACAACUCAGGAAAGACAGUCUCUGGAAAAAGAAGUAGAGAGAAUGGCUCGAGAAAUGGAAGCCAUGAAGGAACAGUUAAGAAAAAGUAAGGAGAUGAAUAAAGCAAAGAGACCAGACAAGAAAUCUGUAAAGAUUGAAGACUCAGAUGAUGAUUUACCUGUCAUAGAAGCCUCUGAUUCAGAAAAUGGAGAUGAGGAUCUUUUCUUGUCUCCACCUGCGAUUAAUCCUGGAGACCUUGAGCCAGACGGUGAGGAAACUUUGGACCCAGCUGCUGUGCAGGAGUCACAAAAUCAUGAUGAGGUUACAGAUCAGGUUGAAGAGAGUCUAAGUCUGUGUCAGGGGAGUUUUACUGUACCCGAGUCUGACCCCAGCCAGGUAUCUCAAUCAGUGUUGCAAAAACCAAACCUUAGUAACGUGUCACACCCUGUCAUCCCCGAGUCAGACCAGAGUAAGGUGACGCGUCCAGUCUUGAGUGACCUUGAUACCAAUAUUAUCCCAGCACCGAAAUCAGACCCUACCAGACAUGUUGGCAUAGUAGUCACCGGCCUUAAUGUUAAGCAGAUACAACAGACAAAGAAACUUGCAGCUUUAACCAGUGCUAAAUUCUUCACAAAGUUCAACGAUUCUGUCACUCAUGUUAUAGUUAAACCAGCGGACGAGGAUGACACAGUUUGUGACAGAACUCUCAAGUUUUUUCAAGGUAUAGCUAGAAAAUGUUGGAUUGUAAACUUCUUCUGGGUCGUGGACAGUCGGGAAGUUGGUCAGCUACUACCAGAGGGACCCUAUGAGAUUCAAGGAGACACCACUUUUAAUCAAUCUCACUUUGGACCUAAGAAAUCAAGGCUGUCCAAAGAUGACAAAUUGUUCCAGAAGUUCCAGUUCUCUCUUAUUGGUGACAACACAUAUCUGUCAAAAGAUUCAAUGUGUGAUCUGAUAGAAACAUGCGGAGGAGAAGUUAUGGAUAUUGUGAAGCUCAGUAAAGGCAAGAGAACCCAGUUUGUUAUCUCGUGUACUGAUAUAGAUGAUGACGAAGAAGAUGUCCAGUCUAUUGUUAAGCAUGCCAGAGAGAUGUACAAAAAACAUGGUAUUGUCACAUUGACACGAGAGUGGAUUUUAGACAGUUUGACGUUAUACAAGAUUCAACCUGUACAAGAUUAUCUGGUGACAGAUUUACCAAAUUUGAAGCUGCCCUUGAUGUGAUCCAAUAUUACAUACAUUACUGGGUCUCAAAUUGCAAAAAUAUUUAAACUAUAUUUGUAUAGUGAAAAGACACCAUGUGCUAAUGUGAUAAAAUUGAUCUUGGAAAAUAUUAAGUAUGUGACAAUUAAAUUGAUUAUUUUUUAAUGUGCCUUAUUAUAGAUGUGGUGCUAGAUAUGAUAUGGCAAGGUGCUUGUUUUGUUCUGUAUUGU